UUUGCACGUAAAUUUGCACUUUCUGGGGGAGAAUGCAGUCUGCAUCGAUAGCCUUUGAGGAGAAAUUCCUCAGGAAUCCAGGACAGACUCGUGAUGUACUGCUGAAGAGCGCCAGCAAAGUUUUGGAGUAUAACACACCAUUCCUUCCAGAAUCGCUGAGAAUAACUAAUUAUGAUUACGCUAGAGCGAGGGAAUUCGAUGAUUUUAAUAAGGCAGUCCAAUUGCAUCGAGAGCAAUACAAAAAUGCAGACGGCACGAUCCACCCCCUGAGCUACUUCCGAACUCCCGAUACCGAUGACCCGACGAAAUCAUACCUCUGCAAAUACCCAGUGACCUACGUUAAAUAUAAAAAUCCCCCUGUGCUGCCCCGCACCUACGCCCGAGCACUAAAACUCCCCCCUCUCCCCGAGCGAAAAAAUCCGGGGAUUCACAAUCGUUCGCCUUGUACCGCUUACAAAUUUUGA